GAUGCAUUGAAAGCAGCAUGCGCUGCUCUGUAAGUGAGGAGAGUCAUAUGAGGAGUACAGAGAAUACUUUGUGCCCCUGUUGGCGAGAUGGUUGAGUCCUCGUCAAGGUUGCUGCUGCUGUUGGUCUCCUCAUACAUCCAGCGCUGACUGACUCCAGCGAUCAGUCUCCUCUCCAGCGCGAGGAAUAUCCAUUUCUGCCGGACACUCGAGACUAUGAGAGCAGCUGAUAAUGACGGACGCCGAGGAUUUUUAGUGGUUUCGAAUAAAGGAUUUAUCAGAUGCGCUCGCGCUACCACAAUGACGAUUAAAACUGGAUUUAUCAUUGGGAAUAUAGUGCUGUGCUGUAUACUGUCGUGUGUGCAGGGUUUCAUUUUUACAUGUGGUGGGACAUUAAAAGGGAAAAAUGGGACCAUAGAAAGUCCAGGCUUUCCUCACGGAUACCCUAACGGAGCAAACUGUACGUGGGUUAUUGUAGCCGAGGAGAGGAGCAGAAUUCAUAUAGUUUUUCAGUCCUUCGCUGUGGAGGAAGAAUACGACUUUUUAUCUUUAUAUGAUGGACAUCCUCAUCCUGCGAACUUCAGGACGAGGUUAACAGGAUUCCAGGUGCCGGCUCCUGUCACAAGUACCGGAUCCAUUUUUUCCUUGCGUCUUACCAGCGACUUUGCUGUAAGCGCCCAUGGAUUUAAAAUAUAUUAUGAAGAACUACAAAGCAGUUCUUGUGGGAAUCCUGGAGUUCCUGCCAAAGGAAUCCUGAAUGGAACAAGCUUCAAUGUGGGAGACAGAAUCCGGUACCACUGUGUGUCUGGAUACACCCUGGACGGCCACGCACAGCUGACCUGUGUCACCAGCACGUCUAAUGUAGCCGUGUGGGAUUUUCCUAUUCCCAUCUGCAGAGCGGAGGACACGUGUGGCGGGACCUUCCGAGGGUCGAGUGGCAGCAUCUCCAGUCCAGACUUUCAGAAGGACUAUCAGAGCAGUGGUGAAUGUACGUGGACCAUCCUCGCUGAUCCAGGAGACACCAUCUCACUGGUCUUCACUGAAUUCCAGAUGGACAGCAAACUCGACUCUUUGGAAGUUGAGGGAUCCGAUCCACCAACAAUAUGGUUAUCAGGAAUUAAUAUUCCUGUGCCCAUUGUCAGCAACAAGAACUGGUUACGGCUGCAUUUUGUAACAGACAACAGCCAUCGGCAUAAAGGAUUCAGUGCUCAAUAUCAAGUGAAACGAUCCGGAGAUUUUAAAUCAAGGGGAGUGAAAUUACUACCUGGAAAAGACAAUACGAGCAAAUUUUCAAUAAUGAAUGAAGGCAUGGUCAAGCAGGUCUCCAAUUUCUGCCCAGACCCCGGGGAACCGGAGAACGGCAAACGCAUUGGCACCGAUUACAGCAUCGGUGCAACGGUUCGGUUCACGUGUGACGGGGAUCACGUGCUUCAGGGAUCCAAGAGCAUCACGUGUCAGAGGGUGGCGGAGGUGUUUGCGGCCUGGAGCGACCACAGACCCGUCUGUAAAGUGAAAACAUGUGGGAUGAACCUCUUCGGUCCUUCAGGAACGUUUACAUCGCCAAAUUUCCCCAUCCAAUAUGAGAGUAACUCACAGUGUGUUUGGAUUAUCACCGCCAGUAACCCCAAUAAGGUUAUUCAAAUCAAUUUUGAAGAGUUCGACUUAGAGCUUGGGUACGAUACGCUGACUGUCGGAGACGGCGGAGAGGUCGGCGACUCGAAAACAAUCAUACAAGUGUUAACAGGCAGUUUCGUCCCCGACCUCAUCGUCAGUAUGACCCAUCAAAUGUGGCUGCAUUUGCAGUCUGAUGAAAGUGUGGGCUCUAUUGGCUUUAAGAUCAACUAUAAAGAAAUUGACAAGGAAAGUUGCGGGGAUCCCGGCAUCCCUCUGUACGGCCUCCGAGAGGGCGGGGGCUUCUCCAACGGAGACGUGCUGCGCUUUGAAUGCCAGUUCGGAUUCGAGCUCAUCGGCGAACGAAUGAUUUCCUGUCAGAAUAACAAUCAGUGGUCGGCUAACAUCCCUAUCUGUAUAUUUCCCUGUAUGUCCAACUUCACGGCUGCAAUGGGAACCGUUCUGUCUCCGGACUAUCCCGAGGGUUACGGCAACAACCUCAACUGCGUCUGGCUGAUCAUCGCCGAACCGGGCAGCCGCAUCCAUCUAGCCUUCAACGAUUUCGACCUGGAGCCUCCCUACGACUUCCUGACGGUGAGGGACGGGGAGCUGGUGGACGCGGUGGUGCUGGGACGCUUCUCCGGUGCGGAAGUGCCGUCACACCUCACCAGCAACUCCAACAUCCUCCAGCUGGAGUUCCAGGCCGACCACUCGAUGUCCGGCCGAGGCUUCAACAUCACGUACAGCACGUUUGGACACAAUGAGUGCCCGGACCCCGGAGUGCCUAUGAAUGCCAAGCGCUUUGGUAAUAAUUUCCAGCUGGGAAGCUCCAUAUCAGUCGUGUGUGAGGAGGGAUUCAUAAAGACGCAAGGCUCGGAUACUAUUGUGUGUGAACUGGAGGCUGGAAAGGUGAUGUGGAGUGGUUUGAUCCCAAAGUGUGAAGCUCCCUGCGGAGGCCAUUUCACCGCUCCGGUGGGAGUCAUUCUGUCCCCGGGGUGGCCCGGCUACUACAAAGAUUCCCUGAGCUGCGAGUGGGUCAUCGAGGCCGAGGCGGGACGCUCCAUCAAGAUAAGCUUUGACAGGUUCCAGACAGAACUCAAUUAUGACUUUCUAGAGGUUCACGAUGGGCCUAAUCUCCUCUCGCCCCUAAUCGCCUCUCUAAAUGGCACCCAAGUCCCUCAGUUCCUGUUCAGCAGCGGCAACUUCCUGUAUCUUCUCUUCACCACCGAUAACAGUCGCUCUAACAGUGGCUUUAAGCUCUUUUAUGAAAGCGUCACUCUGGACACUCAUUCAUGUCUGGAUCCUGGUGUGCCGGUAAACGGGGUUCGUUACGGGCAGGACUUGGCCAUCGGCUCGGUGGUGUGGUUUGGCUGUGAGCCUGGAUACAGACUGAGCCACGAGGAGCGUUUGGUCUGUGAGAAGAACCACUGGUGGAGCCACCCUCUGCCCACAUGUGACGCUCUGUGCGGAGGCGAUGUUCGGGGCCCAGAGGGCAUCAUCCUCUCUCCUGGCUUUCCCGAGCUCUAUCCCAACUCAUUAAACUGCACAUGGACUCUGGAGGUCAGCCAUGGCAAAGGUGUGCAGUUCACGUUUCAUGCGUUUCACCUGGAGGAUCACCAUGACUAUCUGCUCCUGACGGAGAACGGCAGCUUUGCACGACCCCUCGCCCGGCUCACCGGUUCGCAACGACCUCCGCCUGUCAACGCCGGGCUGUACGGAAACUUCAAGGCCCAGCUUCGCUUCAUCUCCGACUUUUCCAUUUCCUUCCAGGGUUUCAACAUCUCUUUCUCAGAGUACGAUUUGGAGCCAUGUGAGGACCCCGGUGUGCCCCAGUUUGGCAGGCACAGCAGUGGCAGCUUUGGCAUCGGCGACACCCUGGCGUUCUCAUGUGACCUUGGUUACCGCCUGCAGGGCGCUCGAGAAAUCACUUGCCUGGGCGGCGGGCGGCGCAUAUGGAGUGCACCUCUGCCAAGGUGUGUGGCUGAAUGCGGCUCAACCGUUUCCAAGAAUGCCGGUGUCCUGUUGUCCCCAAACUACCCCCGGAAUUACGAGAACAACCACGAGUGCAUCUACAACAUUCAAGUACAGGCAGGAAAAGGAAUCAACAUAUCGGCGAACAGCUUUCAUCUGGCUCAAGGUGACGUUCUCAAGUUAUACGAUGGUCCGGACAACACGGCAGAAGUUCUGGGAGGUUUCUCGGGUUCCUCUAUGUUGGGUCAGUCGUUGACCAGCACGUCGAAUCACCUGUGGCUUGAGUUCUAUUCUGAUCAAGCCGACACGGCCGAGGGAUUUAAGCUGGUUUACAACAGUUUUGAACUCUCUCACUGUGACGAACCCGGCGUGCCUCAGUUUGGAUCCAAAGUCAGCGACCAAGGCCACUUUGCCGGCAGUGUGGUCACGUAUCGCUGUGAUCCGGGAUACAGUCUCCAUGGCAGCAGCGUGUUGAGAUGUAUGACGGGCGAGAGACGGACGUGGGACCACCCGCUCCCCUCCUGCAUAGCGGAGUGUGGGGGAAGUUUUAAAGGUGAGUCAUCCGGACGGAUACUGUCUCCCGGAUACCCCUUUCCGUAUGACAACAACCUCCGUUGCACAUGGACCAUCGAGGUGGACACCGGCAACACUGUCAGUCUGCAGUUCUUGGCUUUUGACACGGAAGCGUCACACGAUAUCCUGAAGGUCUGGGAUGGACAUCCGGAAAACGAGAUGGCUCUGAGGGAAGUGAGCGGUUCGCUGUUACCGGACGGCAUCCACAGCACUCUCAACAUCGUCACCAUCCAGUUUGAGACAGACUUCUACAUUAGCAAAUCUGGAUUUGCCAUCGACUUCUCAAGUUCAGUGGCGACCGCCUGCAGGGAUCCGGGGACGCCCAUGAACGGCAGCCGCAGCGGAGAGGGGAAGGAGCCGGGCGACACAGUGACCUUUGCGUGUGAUCCCGGCUACGACCUGCAAGGCGAGCCCAGGAUCACCUGCAUUCAGGUGGACAACAGAUUCUACUGGCAGCCCAGUCCUCCUACCUGCAUCGCUCCUUGUGGUGGGAACAUUACAGGCUCAUCUGGAUUCAUUCUGUCACCUAAUUUCCCCCACCCGUACCCGCACAGCAAAGACUGUGAUUGGUUCAUCACAGUUCAUCCUGAUUACGUCAUCUCCUUGGCUUUUAUCAGUUUUAGCAUUGAGCCCAACUAUGACUUCUUGUACAUCUACGACGGACCUCACAGCAACAGUCAUCUGAUUGGCACAUUUCAAGACAGCAAGUUGCCGGAGAAGGUUGAAAGCAGCUCCAACAUCAUGCACAUUGGCUUCCGCAGCGACGGAUCCGUGAGCUACACCGGCUUCCAUCUGGAAUACAAAGCUAAACUGCGUGAGGCUUGUUUUGACCCGGGCAGCGUGAUGAACGGCACACGGUUGGGUGUAGACUAUAAGCUGGGCUCCACUGUGACCUUCCACUGUGAUCCAGGCUACCAGCUCCAGGGUUAUUCCAGUCUCACCUGUGUCAUGGGCGGCACCAACAGACCCGAGUGGAACAGAGCUCUGCCCAGCUGCCAAGCUCCAUGUGGAAGUCGGUCGACGGGGUCAGAGGGCACCGUUCUGUCUCCAAACUACCCUCGCAACUACACCGAGGGCCAGACCUGCGUGUACGAGAUCUCAGUGCCAGGAGAGUUCGUUCUCUUCGGCCAGUUUAUGUUCUUCCAGACGAGCUCUAAUGAUGUGGUGGAGAUCUUUGACGGGCCCUCCACCGAGUCUCCGCUCCUCACCUCUACCUACGGCUCCCACUCAGGAGAGCCGUUGCCGCUGAGCUCUGCCAAUGAAAUCACCAUCAGGUUCAAAACCGAGGGACCAAAUACAGCUAAAGGUUUUCAUUUUGUGUAUCAAGCUGUUCCAAGGACUAGCGCUUCCCAGUGUAGCUCUGUGCCCGAGCCUCGCUAUGGGAAACGCAUUGGGAAUGACUUUGGAUUGGGCACGGUUGUGCUUUUCGAGUGUAAUCCAGGUUACACACUCCAUGGUGCCAGUGCCAUCAGGUGUGAGGCGGUGCCCAACUCACUGGCCCAAUGGAACGGCACUGUGCCAACAUGUGUCGUUCCGUGCGGAGGAGUUCUGACCGCGCGCCGUGGGACCGUUCUGUCUCCGGGUUACCCCGAUCCCUAUGACAACCACCUGAACUGCGUUUGGAAGGUCUUUGUGCCGGAGGGAACCGGAAUCCAAAUUACAGUCGUGACGUUUUCCACCGAACACAACUGGGACUCUCUGGACUUUUAUGACGGUGUGGACAGCAACGCUCCGAGACUAGGGAGCUAUUCGGGGACCACGAUUCCACCCCUGCUGAACACCACGUCCAACAACCUCUACCUCACCUUUCAGACUGACAUGAGCGUUUCUGGAGCUGGUUUUCACCUGGAAUACACAGCAAUAGGUUUGGACUCCUGCCCAGAACCUCAAACCCCCAGCAAUGGUGUGAAGGUGGGCGACCGCUACUUCGUGGGUGAUGUUGUCUCAUUCCACUGUGAGCAAGGAUACACUCUAAAGGGAAGUGCAUAUAUAACGUGCAUGCCGGGGCCUGUCAGACGCUGGAACUACCCCGCGCCCCUCUGUCUGGCUCAGUGCGGCGGCUUCCUGUCCGACAUGAAUGGAGUCAUCCUAAGUCCUGGCUUUCCCGGAAAUUACCCCAGUGGCCUCGACUGCAACUGGACAGUUAAACUUCCUGUUGGCUUUGGGAUUCACCUGCAAUUUCUCAACUUCUCCACGGAGGCCGUGCACGACUACCUUGAAGUCCGUAGCGGGACGCUGGACUCGGGUUCGGUGAUCGAUCGGUUCAGUGGGCCUGUUGUUCCAGAAUCGUUCUUCAGCACGACCCACGAGACCAGCUUCUUCUUUCACAGCGACUACUCCCAGAACAAGCCCGGUUUCCACAUCACCUACGAGGCAUAUGAACUGCAGAGGUGUCCAGAUCCGCGGCCCUUUCGGAAUGGAGUGGUGAUUGGCGGUGAUUUUGGGGUGGGCAUGACCAUCUCGUUCCAGUGCCUGCCGGGAUACACGCUGCUGGGUGAAGCGUCGCUCACGUGUCUGCAUGGCAUCAGCCGCAACUGGAACCAUCCUGUGCCUCGCUGUGAAGCACUUUGCGGUGGUAAUAUCACAGCCCUCAAUGGGACCAUCUACUCUCCGGGCCACCCGGCCGACUACCCCAAUCUUAAAGACUGCAUAUGGAGCAUCCGAGUGCCUCCAGGCAACGGCAUCCACAUCAACUUCACCGUGCUCAACACCGAGCCCAUCUACGACUACAUCACCAUCUGGGACGGCCCUGACCAAACAUCCCCUCAGAUCGGUCAGUUCAGCGGAAGCUCUUCCCAGGAGGCCGUUUCCAGCACAUCCAAUCACAUCCUGCUGAAGUUCCACAGCGACUUCAGCACCAGCGGAUUCUUUGUUCUGCGUUACCAUGCUUACCAACUUCGUGUCUGUCAACCUCCUCCACUUGUCGCCAACGCAGAGAUCCUGGCUGAAGAUGAUGAAUUUGAGAUUGGAGACAUCAUCAGGUACCGCUGCCUGCCGGGCUUCACGCUGCUCGGGAGCGAGAUCUUGACCUGCAGGUUGGGUGAGCGACUGCAGAUGGAUGGUCCUCCUCCGGUGUGCCAAGUGCAAUGUCCCGACAAUGAGGUUCUGUUCGACUCGACGGGUGUAAUUCUGAGUCCAGGUUACCCUGACAGCUACCCCAACCUUCAGAUGUGCUCAUGGAUGAUCAACGUGGAGAAGGGCUACAACAUCACACUGCACUUUGAACUCUUCCAGACGGAGAAAGAGUUUGAUAUUCUGGAGAUCUUUGAUGGUCCUAAUAUUUAUAGUCAAAGUCUGGCGGUGUUGAGUGGAGAUCUCCGAGUGCCCUUUAACAUCACCACCACGGGUCACCAGCUGUUUCUGCGCUGGUCGUCUGAUCACGGCACCAACAAAAAGGGCUUCCGUAUCACUUACGUGGGUGAGUAUCAAACGAUGUACUGUAGCACCCCAGACUCUCCGCAGCACGGCUUUGUGCUCAGCCAGACGGGCGGCCACGUCAACAGCGUCGUCCGCUGGGCCUGCGACCGCGGCUACCGGCUCAUCGGGAAAAACAUGGCCGUCUGCAGGAGAACCCAGUUCGGUCAUCUGGCCUGGGACUCGUCUGUGCCGGCAUGUCAAGCUGUGUCCUGUGGGACGCCGGUGGCUCCUGUGAACGGAGGCGUUCUGGCUGCUGAUUAUUCUGCAGGAACUCGAGCCACCUACUUCUGCAACGACGGCUUCCGUCUGUCCUCUAAAGAGGUGACCAGCACCGUGUGUCAGGCCGACGGCACGUGGAGCACCCACAAUAAAAUCCCUCGGUGCACAGUUGUGGUGUGUCCCAGUAUCGGCUCCUUCACCCUGGAUCAUGGCAAAUGGAGGAUCGUCAACGGCUCUCGUUAUGAAUACGGCACUAAAGUGGCCUUUACCUGCAGCCCCGGCUACUACCGGCUCGGCCCCGCCCACAUUCACUGCACAUCCAAUGGGACGUGGAGCUGGAGGAAUGAGCGACCUCGCUGCAAGAUCAUUUCGUGUGGAGAGCUGCCCACUCCUCCUAAUGGAAAGAAAAUUGGGACGCAGACGACCUUUGGAGCAACGGCUAUUUUUACCUGCAACUCGGGCUUCAUUCUGGUGGGCUCGACUGUACGGGAAUGCCUGGCCUCGGGUCUCUGGAGCGGGACGGAGACACGCUGUCUCGCCGGCCACUGCGGCGUUCCAGAAAGGAUCGUGAACGGUCAAGUGAUCGGUGAAAACUUCGGCUACAGGGACACAGUAGUUUACCAGUGUAAUCCGGGUUUCCGGCUCAUCGGUUCAUCUGUGCGCAUCUGCCAACAGGAUCACAACUGGUCCGGGCAGCUCCCGUCCUGUGUGUCCGUAAGCUGCGGUCAUCCAGGCAGCCCGAUCUACGGCCGGACAGUUGGCGACGGCUUCAACCUAAACGACGUGGUGAGCUUCUUCUGUAACAACGGCUACAUUCUGGAAGGCCCGUCCCAAGCGCAGUGCCAGGCCGACCGCCAGUGGAGCCAGCAGCCGCCCACAUGCAGAGUCGUCAACUGUACUGAUCCUGGCAUACCAGCCAACUCAAUCAGGAAGAGCAAAAUUGAGUACGGGAACUUCACUUUCGGAACCGUGGUGUCCUAUGACUGCAAUCCCGGCUAUUAUCUCUUCGGCUCAUCAGUUCUAACCUGCCAGCCGGUGGGUUACUGGGACAAGCCAUUACCAGAAUGCCUGGAGGUGGACUGUGGUCACCCUGGAUCUCCUCCUCAUGCUGUUGUGAUGGGGGAGAAAUUCACCUUCGGUUCUACAGUUCAUUACAGGUGUUUAGAAGACAGAGCUCUGAUUGGUGAAUCCACCCGCUCCUGCCAACUGAACGGCCAAUGGAGCGGCUCCCAGCCUCAUUGCUCAGGUGAUAAAAGGGGCGGCUGUGGAGAUCCGGGCACGCCGGCCCAUGCCACGCGAGAGGAGGGCAGCUUUCAGCAGCACGCUAAAGUGCGCUUCACCUGCGCCACGGGUCACACGCUCUACGGCUCAGCUGAGCGGAUCUGCUUCCCCAACGGCACCUGGUCGGGUCGUCAACCCACCUGCAAACCUGUUCAAUGUGGGAAUCCUGGGACUCCGGCUAACGGGCAGGUUUUGCGAGUACAUGGCACUAGCUUCUCUCACUCCAUCAUCUACUCGUGUGUGGAUGGAUACCGUCUCUCCGGUUCUCCCUCCCGGCAGUGCCUGGCCAACGGAACCUGGUCUGGCGCCGAGCCCAACUGCACUCUGAUUAGCUGUGGGGAUCCAGGCGUACCUGCCAGUGGCCUGAGGUUCGGCGAGGACUUCACCGUCGGACAGAAUGUGACGUAUUCCUGCCAGCCCGGUUACGUGAUGGAGAACGGGAGCGUUUCUAUCCGCACCUGCACCCGCAAUGGCACCUGGAGCGCCACCUUACCCACCUGCCAAGCGGUGACCUGCACCGCUCCUCCCAGCAUCUCUAACGGUGAGGUGGAGGGAUCAGUGUUCGAGUGGGGCACCAGCGUGAGCUACCGCUGCCUGAUGGGAUACGAGCUGUCCUUCCCCGCCGUCCUCACCUGUGUCGCCAACGGCUCCUGGAGCGGAGAGCUUCCUCUGUGUCUGCCCAAGUUUUGCGGUGACCCCGGCGUACCGGCCCGUGCCAGACGAGAGGGUCAGAGCUUCAUCUUUAAAGCCGAGGUCAGCUACAGCUGCAGCGCCCCCUACCUGCUGGUGGGUUCCUCUACACGCACCUGUCGAGCAGACGCCACCUGGAGCGGGACACAGCCGCGCUGCAUAGAACCAACUCGGACGGCGUGUGAAAAUCCCGGCACUCCGGAGUUCGGCUCUCUGAACAGCAGUCUGGGCUUUAAGGUGGGCAGCACAGUGAAGUUCCACUGUCAGACCGGUCACUUGUUACUGGGCUCCACCACACGGACGUGCCAGCAGGAUUUGACCUGGAGUGGCACUCAGCCCGAAUGCAUCCCCCACUCCUGUAAGCAACCAAAGACCCCGCCGCAUGCCAACGUGUUGGGCAUGGACCUGCCCUCCUUCGGCUACACGCUGCUCUACUCCUGCCAGCCUGGAUUCAUCCUCACCGGAGGCUCCGAGCACCGGGCGUGCCGUCCGGAUGGAUCCUGGACUGGGAAAGUGCCCGUUUGUAGAGCUGGCUCGAAAACAUCAGAAAAAGUCGUAACACCUGUUCAAGGAACAUCGAGUCCCAAAGUCAACGUUCCUGACGAUGUGUUCGCGCCGACGUACGUGUGGAGAGGUUCGUUUGAGUAUAAAGGAGUGAAACAGCCGAUGACUUUGACAAUCACUAGCUUUAACGCGUCGACGGGGAAAAUCAAUGUGACUUUAACGAACAGGCACUCAGAACUGCUGUUGUCAGGUGUUUACAAGAGCAGAGCGGCUCGUCUGACGCUGCGUCUGCAUCACAUGAGAGCUCUGCUGAAGAGCAGCUACAGCACCGUCACUGACGAGACCUUGAUCAUGGACGGCUUCGUCUCUGCCGACCAUGAAGGAAACACGUACUUGUUUCAAGGCUUCAUACAAGGUAGAGAUUACGGCCCUUUUGGACUACAGAGACAAGGUCUGAACAUAAUGGAGUCCACCAAGAGCCCGGAGAUUCCCCCCAGAACCAACAGCAGCUCUGUGGCCGUUGCGAUUCUUGUGCCUUUCUUUGCCCUGAUUUUUGCAGGCUUUGGGUUUUAUCUGUAUAAACAGAGGAAGUCCGAUAAAGCGGAGUUCACCGGCUGCUCUGUGCAUGAAAACAACAACGGUCAGGCUACAUUCGAAAACCCCAUGUACAACACCAGUUCCAAAUCCAUCGAGGGAAAGGUCGUCCGCUUCGAUCCCAAUCUCAAUACGGUUUGCACAAUGGUUUGAGGGUUUGAUGCUGUCACUUUUGUGUUCCUUUAGUCUCUUCGAAGCACAGUUUGGGUUCAGUACUCACUCAGCAGCUCAAAGCUAUGCGCCGAUUUGCAGGAAAACGUCAUGUUCUUCACAGUUCGAGUGGAGAAUUAUAUAUUAUAUACAUCUCACUCUGAGAGUGUUGGUUUUGUAUUCAAAAGCAAGCAAAACAUAAAAAGGUGUGUGUUUUUUUUUAAUGUGAGAUUGAGCAAGUGUUCACACAUACAGCGAUUCGCUUCAUCCAUGAGAGCUGCCAAUGCAACAAAGUUGAGAAAUGCUUAACUUUAUACAAGUCAACGUGCGACUACCAGCGAGUGAAGACAUUAGAUGUGAUAACAUGAUCCGUUUCUUGUCAGAUUCUCUGAGAAGAAAAGGUUCAGUGGGGUUCUAUAUAAAACUCUAGGGUUCUUGACUCAAUUUUAUGCUGUGAGUAGUGGCCAAAAUAAUGUCUGGUGACAUUUUCACCCUUUAUUCAAAUAUUAUUUAAAGGUGCAGUAUGUAAUAUUGACAGCUAGUGGUUGAAAUGGGUACUGCAGUCCACAUUCAAAAUAUUGGAGAGAGUUGUUUCCCUGCCUGGCGCCUCCUGAGACUCAUGCGGGUUGCCAGAUUAAUUAAGGAAACGCAACAGAAGUUGAUCCGUAUUUUAAAGGGGACCUAUUAUGCCCCUUUUCACAAGAUGUAAUAAAGUCUCUGGUGUCCCCAGAAUGUGUCUGUGAAGUUUCAGCUCAAAAUACCCCACAGAUCAUUUAUUAUAGCUUGUCAAAUUUGCCUCUAUUUGGGUGUGAACAAAAACACGCCGUUUUUGUGUGUGUCCCUUUAAAUGCAAAUGAGCUGCUGCUCCCGCCCCCUUUCCAGAAGAGGGCGGAGCUUUAACAGCUCGCGCUUCGGUCGCUCAACAACAACAAAGCUGGAGAAUCUCACACAGCCAAAAUGAGGAUUGUCAGUAACGGCUGUUUGCCAAACAGAGUCAUACAUACCAGGCUAAUGUUUGUGAUUGCUAUCAAAUGCUGUGAAUGGUCUAAUUUUUCCAAAAUAUCGCUCGGACGGAAAUGCUCCUUUUUUAGCAAUCGAGCUUGUCAGGAUCAACUUGCAGGCUAUCCAAGCUAAUGAGACUCUAAAUAGUGUUCAGUGCUCGUCUGUGCAGCCAAUGACAGAACAGUUAGCAUGCUUUGCUCCAACUUUUGCCAUGCCGUUAGAACUGGUACACCGUUUUCACUUGCGAAAACAAAACGGCGGUGCCGUGGGUGGAAAUGUGCAGAUUAAGGGGUGGUAAUAUUAUAAUAAGAUCCCAUUCCUACGUCACAAGGGGAGUGAAAUCUGAGCGGCUCAUUUUUUCACAUGCUUGCAGAGAAAGGCUUGCCAAAACAAAGUUACUGGGUUGUCCUUUUUCACGUUUUCUGGAUUGGUAGAUGCACCGGGGACCCGAUUAUAGCACUUAAACACAGAAAAAGUCAGAUUUUCAUAUAUGUCCCCUUUAAUAUGCCUCUGGUCAGCUUUUUAGAUGGACGCCGAUGCUUUUUAGGUCUGGUAGAAUCUGCAAUCUCUGACCCAGUUUGUUUGCUGGUUUUAAUGGCUGCAAUAUGCUGUUUUCCACCAACUGGCAACCCGAUGUGUCGCAAUACUAUUGGAUGAAUUGGCUGUGGGCGGAGUCACACAGACUGAAACAAAAACAGACAUUCUGACACAGAACGCAUGUUUUGAAGUAGAAUAACUGCAGCAUUGUUUCUCAGAGAAACAAGUAUGUGAUUCCUAAAUAUCUGCAAAUGUAUUAUGGUGUUUUUAUGCUUUAGUACAGUCAAAAACUUACAAACUGCACCUUUAAAAUGUGUUAGAGAUUUCGUAAGCAUAUUGCAUAGUUGUGCUUGAAUUUGUGAUGAUAACGCAAUGAAACAUGACAAACAGUGCAACAUCAUUUUUGGCCAGAAAUUAUGAACACGUGCAAAAAUGAGAAAUAUAUAUAUAUAUAUAUAUAUUUUUUUUUUUUUUUUUUUUUUUUUUUUUUUUUUUUUUGCAUACUAAAAUAAAACCCGCACUCUAAAAAUUUAACCCAAAAGCUGGGUUUGUCCAUAUUUGACCCAAUUUUGGUUAGUGUGUAGCUUUUGUUUGCCAAAUAAUUUUGUCAAAUAAAUUCCUUCACCAAGUUUAGUGUUUUGUUCUUCCCUCAUAAUUAAAAUAUAUAAAAUAUUUCAUAAAAAUAUUUAUAUUUUGAUGGUUUAAUCAAACUUGUAGAUUCAUUAAACACAAAUAUCCCUUUUGCAUACUACUAUAUGUUUACAAGCUGCUAAAUUCAUAAAAUUUCAUUAGAAUUCAACAAAAUAAAGUAAAACUAAAUCCAUAAAGUGACUCCAUGAUGGAACCCCUGAAAGCGCCUGACGGAACCUUUAAGGUUCCAUAUAGAACCUUUUCUUCUAAGAGUGUCGACAAAAUGAAGUUAAUGUUCUGUAUGAUUUCUCUGCUUUAAAAAAUGAUGCAUGUAGAACCUUGUCAGAAAUCAUGAGCGUUUGAAGUCCGUUCAUGCAUUUAUAAUGCUUCAGUGCUGCUGCGAUUUAUACUCCAACUCUUUGCUCAUUUGUAGCGGCAAGAAAACUGGUUCUUUAUCAAAUUAGCUUGUUUUUUACCGCCAGCGUGAGAUAGAGCGGCUGUAUGUGUGAACGUCCCUUCAGACAUCGUCCCGUCAUCGCAGUGCGCUUAAACCUACAAACCUCCUGCAGAUCAAGCCGCUUAUUGGAUGAUGCUCGCCAUUCAAGCGUAAACUUCAUCACGUUUUUAAAUGAGGAAAGAUUGCUAGUAAAAAUCAUUUCCAUCUGCGAGUGUUUUAAAGGUGAAGUUUGUCAUUUUUUUCAAUGUUUGAAUGCGUUCUCUCUCGAUGUAAGCAAGCCAUUCUUAGGUUGACUUUCUGAGGAGCGAAACACUGUGGUGCUUUUCACUACAUUUCUCUUUUGAUCGAUCAUUUUCUGGCGUGGAACACGUUCUAAAAUUACACUCUUCACCUUUAAAUUAGAGAUAUUAACUUUUUAAAGAGGACCUAUCAUGUGUUGAUGUUGUUUUUGUGCUCUACUAGAACAGGUUUUCCUGCUUGAAUGUUGAUUAUUUUCCUCAUAUUCUCCAUUGUUCAGCUCCUCUCUUCCCAGUCUGUCAGUAACGCUCUGUUUAGUUCCUGUCUCUAUGAAGCCCCUCCUUCUGAAAAGCACAAUGUGCUCUGAUUGGUCGGCUGGAGCAGUGUGUUGUGAUUGGUGUUUGGGAAAUGUCCCGCCCCUUACCAUAACCAUUAGUUUCAACACACUACUAACUAACUCAACCAGGCCCCGCCCCUUUAUUCUGCAUAUGAAUUAUUUAAAUGAGGAACAUUGUGACGUGUUCAGAAACACAUAACUGCAUAAAAAGCAUAAUAGGUCCUCUUUAAGUAAUUUCACCUAUUGGGUUAUACAUCAUGUUUUAUUUAUAUUUAUAUUGAGUAUUCACCAAUGUUUCAGAUCAUGUGACUGGCUAAUAGCAGAUUUCCUGCUUCUAAACGCUCCGUUUCAUAACUCAUAAUAGUGCCUUGUAUGAUAUUUCACUGGUGUUUUGGGGGGAGAAUUUGGGGUUUAGUUUUCUGUUUAUCUAUUUAUCAACUACAGUUAGUAAUGGCUUAAUUGUCCCACAGAAAGUCACUUUUGCACAUACCUGCCAAAUAUAAUCAGAUAUAGCGUCAGUGCUAUGUUUGAGCUCUCUGUGCCGCGGCUCAUCAUGUCCCUCAUUUACACAGAUGUUUUUGCUCAGUGUUUUGUUCGAUGUGUUUUCCUCUCACUAUUCCCAUCAGUGACGUGAAAUAUCAAACACUGACAAAGAUUUAGGAUUGCUUUUAGACACUGGCUCCCUCAGACGGGUCCGUCGCCCUUGUAAAUGCAUUCAUAUCAAAUGUACAGAUAUUUAAACUUUUUUGAAAAGAGUUAUAUUUUUGUGAGAAAUUUGUAAAAUAAAAGGUUAUGUAAAUAUCCAUUUGUAAAUGCCAUUUACAAAUAAAAAGUAAUUUGCUUUUUUA